GGAGGCGGAGCAUGUGGCUUUCUCCAGGUGUCUGAAGGCUGCAGGCUCAGGCUCUGCUCAGCGGGUGGUCACCCGCAGCAUUCGGUUAAGCGGCUCUCCACCUCGCUCAUUUCGGUCUAACCGGAUUUACACAAAUUCACUGUACACGUGCCUGGGGCGGGCAAACCCGGAAAGGACGCCAAGUUCCGCAGGAGAAAGGAGGAGCCAACUGCGCCGGAGGAGGAGUUUCUGCCGACACUUCCGGAUUGGCCGCUACAGCCGGGGGUCCUCCGACGCUGUGCUCCCGGCAGCGGCGCUCUGCCAGGUGGGGCCGGAGCUGCGAGGAGGGGUCGGCGCCUCGCGGGCAGCUCCAUUCCCGCCUCUGCAGUGGACUUGGCCGCAGAAUCGGGGUCCCGGGCUCCUGGAACUUGUUCCGGUCAGGCCGCGGCAAGGAGGUCACUCCAGCCGGUGGAACCCGGGUCAGGGGCGGGUGACCGGACUCGGGCGGGGGAGGCGGGACGAAGGAGAGGAUCGGGCCCAAGGGGGACGAGGAGGGUCUCAGAACCCCGAUAUCUCGGGACGGGCGUCUUGCCGCUCCGGGCCCAGCUGCCCCCCUCGACACAUACUCGGUGCGCAGACAAUGGGGGGUCCCUUGUCGCUCCUGGCGGAAACCCGAGCCCCACCCCCAAUUCCACGCCUCCCACUACCCCCAGAUCUCUCUGGACCGCAUUCGUCCCCUUCUCGUCCUCAUGGCGGACAAGAAACUGGUGGUGGUUUUCGGAGGCACAGGUGCCCAGGGUGGCUCCGUGGCCCGCACGCUCCUGGAAGAUGGAACAUUCAAGGUUCGAGUGGUGACCCGAAACCCUGGGAAGAAGGCAGCAAAGGAGCUGAGGCUGCAAGGUGCAGAAGUAGUGAAGGGAGACCAAGAUGACCAGGUCAGCAUGGAACUGGCCCUGAAUGGGGCUUACGCCACCUUCAUUGUGACCAAUUACUGGGAGAGCUGCAGCCAGGAGAAGGAGGUCAAGCAGGGGAAGCUGCUCGCUGAUCUGGCCAAGCGUCUGGGCCUCCACUAUGUGGUCUAUAGCGGCCUAGAGAACAUCAAGAAGCUGACGGCAGGGAGAUUGACCGCGGCGCACUUUGACGGCAAAGGAGAGGUGGAGGAAUAUUUCCGAGACAUCGGCGUUCCCAUGACCAGUGUGCGGCUGCCCUGCUAUUUCGAGAACUUCCUCUCCCACUUCUUGCCCCAGAAAGCCCCAGAUGGAAAGAGCUACUUGCUGAGCCUGCCCACAGGUGACGUUCCCAUGGAUGGCAUGUCUGUGUCCGACCUGGGUCCCGUGGUGCUCAGCCUGCUGAAGAUGCCAGAAAAAUACAUCGGCCAGAACAUCGGGCUGAGUACUUGUAGGCACACGGCUGAGGAGUACGCUGCCCUGCUCACCAAGCACACCCACAAAGUCGUGCAUGAUGCCAAGAUGACUCCUGAGGACUAUGAAAAGCUUGGCUUUCCCGGGGCCCGGGACCUGGCCAACAUGUUCCGUUUCUAUGCCCUGAGACCCGACCAUGACAUCGAGCUGACCCUGAGACUCAACCCCAAGGCCCUGACGCUGGACCAGUGGCUGGAACAGCACAAAGGGGACUUCGCCCUGCUGUGACCUGCCCAUCUUGCAGCCCCUUGUGGGCGUUGGGGACACCAGAGGGGCAGAGGCACCGACAUCUGAAUAAAGCCAUUGUUCUCCGAGA